AUGCGCAUGCUUCGCAUUUGGCCAACGGCUUUUUGCACCUGGCUCUCGGUCUUGAAUAGAGAUGAUAACCAAGCAUAUGCUACUGCUGCGAACACCGCUCAAACACGCCUUGACGAAGCCACGCCCGACUACAAAAGUUUGCAUCCACGCGACCCGUCAUCACUCAACACGGUCAAGCAAGUCUUGAAGUCGGGUUUUUAUGCGGGGAACAAGACCGUCCCCGAUAUCACCGUGAACGAUGAUCGGAUGGGCACUGAUCUGAAAGAGUUGGUGGAACUUUUGGUGUGCAACGUCAUGGCAGCCGCUAGGAAAAUUGGGAUCCGUCUGCCUAAACAAUUCCGCUUUGCCCGUAACGUGAGACCUGUGGAAAAUCCAGUUGUUGGUAUUCCUAUCCGUGAGAAUGAGAAAACUGCGGAUCUUGAGACUGCGAAUCAUGAGACUGCGUUCAGUGAGACUGCGAUUAUGGAGACUGCGACCCAACCCUUUCAUCAAAUUUCGGAUCCUCGAAUGUACCACGGAGAUCUCGAGGGUGACAAGCGGAACUUUGAACGUACCGAGGCAUUUUGGAAACACGACAAAGAUAAUGAAGUCAUCGACGCGCCGAAACUAGGGAAGUUGUUGGAGGCUAAUAAGAAAGCAUCGGGAUCGAAGCACGUUGAACCGGACGAAGUCAUAAUUACCAUGUUGCUCUCUAGAAGUCCACUGGAUGUAGUGACGCUACUAAAAUCGCUUCGUGAGAUUAAGGGCAUGGAAGGUGAGGCCGACGCGUUGCACAGGCGACUACUUGUGAUCCUUAAAGAUUAUCCAGGCGUGGUGUCUUACGCGUGGAUGGAGUCGGAAUAUCUUCCCGAAGAGCUUUUUAAGAUCGUCCGGUUGGAUGGAACGAUAGACUACGAUGAAACAUCAACCUUUCUAUCAGAGUGGCUAUGGUACAUUGGCAAGUACAGCGAAACACACUUACCUUCAUUUCGCGUAGAACACGCAGUAAAACUUCUAUUUCAAAGCAAAGGCGAUGAAUACGUGAACGCUUUUUUCGAUGGAAUCAAAAAAAUACCUGGACGUGAGAAACUUGCCGAUGAGCUGCUUGAACUUUGCGUCAAAGUUAAAAGCUCCCCAACCUGGACGAAAAUCUAUGGCACAGCAAAUGCAUAUUUGCAGGGAUACAUUGAACGUCAGCAGUUCGCUGAGAGGUCGAGUGACGGAAUAGUCGAGAUGAAGAGGUAUCUUGAUCUGGAAGAAACACCUACUCAGAUUGAUUAUUUACUCGUGGAGAUGGCGUUAUCGCUGGAGGAAAGCCCACUGCGUAUCGUGAAAUAUCUGGUGGAACUCUAUGAGAUCGGGGGGGCGUAUAACGUGGUCGCCGGACUGCACACACUGCUACUUGCACACUACAGGAUUGACUCAAAGGCGAUGUGUCACGCAUGGAUGGAACUGAAAUUGCACCCACAAUAUGUUCUCGAUAUGCUUGUUUUGAGUAUGGAUCAGCUAAACAUUGAAUUAGAACUGGUCGUCGUAUCGGUGUGGUUAAGGUACGUUGACCUGUACCGAAAGAAGUACCCGCGAGCUUAUAGUGCCGAAGACGCGUUGAAACAUUUGUUUCGCAACAAGGGAGCCGUAGAAGUGGAGAAGAUUAUUGGAAAGAUCCCGGAUGUCGGUAAAAAUAAGAUGGUCAAAAGACAGCUGCUCAAACUAUACCAUGCCGCUGUGACGAAUGAACAGGAUAUGGAUACGAAGAGUCGGUUCUACAGGCAUUUGAAGGAUUGGUUCGAGAGGUUAUUCGACGCCCAUUGGUUCUUCAGGCAUCUGAGGGAUUGGUUCAAGAGUAUAUUUUAA